AUGGAGCCUAUUAUACAUACAAUCUUCGAAAAACAGACGGGAACCUGGCAAUACAUCGUGGCCUGCCCGAAUACUCGUCAAGCAGUCAUCAUCGACCCAGUACUCAACUUGAGUCUGUCAGAAUUCAAAAUCACAACUACAUCCGCCGACGAGCUUCUAGCAGUCGCAGAAACCAACAAUUACACCAUCACACGUCUUCUCGAGACACACGCCCACGCAGACCACCUCACGGCUGCAUUCUACCUUCAACAACGCCUACUCGCGCAAAAUAAACCCAAAGCCCUCAUCAGCACGGGCCGGCGCAUUCGACAAGUCCAGGAGACAUUCGCUGCCAAGUACGCCGUUCCCAACGCAGAACUAGAGCAAGCAUUUGACCACCUCUUCGAUGAUGACGAGACAUUCACCAUCGGCGAUAUCACCGCCCAAGUGCUUCACCUGCCAGGCCACACACCCGAUCACAGCGGGUACAAAAUCGGCAGCAAUGUCUUCACGGGAGACUCCAUCUUUAACCCCGACGUGGGCAGCGCGCGAUGCGAUUUCCCCAAUGGCGAUGCAAAUGCCCUGUACAACUCGAUGCAGAAACUACUAGCACUACCAUCUCACUACAAGUUGUACACGGGACACGACUAUCCCCCCGCAGACUCUGGCCGUGAGCCUCUUCCAUUCGUGACGGUUGCAGAACAACUAGAAGGGAAUAAGCAUGUGAAGAAGGGGACCACUAAAGAAGAAUUUGUUGACUGGCGACGAAAGCGCGAUGCGAGCUUGAAUGAACCGCGACUUUUGCAUCAGGCGUUGCAGGUCAAUAUUCGAGGGGGUCGGUUCCCGGAGAGUUCGGAUGGGAGUCAAAGGACGUUUCUUCAGGUGCCCUUUCACAUUCCUCAGUUUCGUUGA